UUGGAGGAAACCGGCGACUUGAAUAGGCCCGGUGUAGACAAUUCGUUGGAUUCUACUUCUAUAUAAAUCAACCCUUUGCAUGCAAACAAAUCACCACAACAAAAUUAAAACAAACAAGUCUCUAAUUGCUCUUUUAUUUUAAGAUGUCAAACUUUCCAUCUUUAGCAACCUUAGUUUUAUGUCUGUUCCUUCUUAUAUCUCCUUUGGUAUAUGGCUACACAAACACGGAGAUCGGUUCAUGGUGCGCUCAAACACCUCACCCGGAUUCGUGUGAGUAUUUUUUGUCCGAGAACAAAGGUUUAGCUGGUCCAGUGAAGCAUAAACCGGAUUUCAUCAAGGCGCUAAUCAAGGUGACCUUAGAGCGAGCACGAAAGGCUGAGUCGAGUACUCGUGGGCUUGGCCCAAAAUGUAGUAACAAGCUUGAAAAGGAAGCUUGGGAAGAUUGCCUUGAGCUUUACGAAAACACAGUUGAGAGGAUCAAUAUGACUAUUGAUCCUCGUAAGCCGUGUAGCCAGUAUGAGAUGCAAACCUGGCUCAGCACAGCCCUCACAAAUCUCGAGACGUGUAGGGCUGGGUUUCAAGAGCUAGGUGUUGGUGGCCACAUUUUGCCACUCAUGAACAAUAAUGUAUCUGCUUUAAUUAGCAACACCUUGGCAAUGAACAAAGGAGGAUCACCUCCAACUAGUUACCAAAAAGGGUUCCCUAGUUGGGUGAAACCAGGUGAUCGAAAGCUAUUACAAUCUUCGAGCCCAGCUUCUCAAGCUAAUGUCGUGGUGGCCCAAGAUGGUUCGGGCAACUACAAGACAAUAGCCGAGGCUAUAGCCGCUGCUGGAAAACGGCCUGGCAGCGGGAGGUACGUCAUAUAUGUGAAGGCAGGUACUUACAAGGAGAAUAUCGAAAUCGGAACGAAGUUGAAAAAUAUAAUGCUACUAGGAGAUGGUAUCGGAAAGACCAUCAUAACCGGUAGUAAAAGUGUCGGGGGAGGUGCCACAACUUUCAACUCUGCUACUGUUGCUGUUGUAGGAGACGGAUUUAUAGGUCGUGACAUUACGUUUAGAAACACGGCAGGACCACAAAACCACCAGGCGGUUGCACUCCGAAGUGGGUCUGAUCUCUCGGUGUUCUACAAAUGCAGCUUCGAAGGCUACCAAGACACGCUCUACGUUCACUCAGAUAGACAAUUUUAUAGGGAAUGUGACAUAUACGGGACGGUUGAUUUCAUUUUUGGCAACGCUGCCGUGGUAUUUCAAAACUGCAACAUUUAUGCCCGUAACCCUCCUAACAAGACAAAUACCGUGACAGCACAAGGCCGGACUGACCCAAACCAAAACACGGGAAUCUCCAUCCAAAAUUGCCGUGUAAUGGCCGCCUCGGACCUAAAAGGAUCCACAGGGUCCGUUAAGACAUAUCUUGGUAGGCCAUGGAAGCAAUAUUCGAGGACUGUUUUUAUGAAAACAUUCCUCGAUAGUCUAGUGGACCCCGCAGGGUGGUUGCCUUGGAGUGGCAAUUUUGCGCUUGAUACCUUGUAUUAUGGAGAAUACGCGAACACGGGCCCUGGUUCAUCAACCGCCAAACGUGUCAGUUGGAAGGGCUACCGGGUGAUCACUAGUGCCACGGAGGCAUCAAAGUUCACGGUUUCAAACUUCAUUGCGGGUGGAUCAUGGUUGCCGUCUACCAACGUACCCUUCACAUCUGGCCUAUAAUUAAUUUACUAAAUCACUAGAUACUUUUAUAUACUUUGAAUUGAUUCUCAAAUACAUUAUUAAAGCUAAGAAUAAAGGGGUUGGUACAUCAAAGGUCCAAUGGUAUAUUUAACGUCGGUUGUAUUCUUUUGUACGUACUGUAUUACUUUUGAAUAGAAUUCUUUAUAUA